GUGGCGGCGUUAUACGAUCAAUCUAAACACAUGCUGUUGUCCCUGCAACUUUUUCUUCACAACAAGAAGAACAAGGAGCAUUCGAUCUCUGUAACAGCGGAAAGAGAGUAAGAGAUGGUUUGGCAAAGUCGCAUAUGGGGCGCCGUGCCCUUCACUGCCAUGGUAAUCGUUGAGUGUGCAGAAGUUGGCGUGUCGACGUUGAGCAAAGUAGCCAUGUCAAAGGGGAUGAGCAAAUUUGUCUUCAUUGUCUACUACAAUGCUAUUGGUACCCUCUUGCUCCUCCCCAUCUUCAUCUUCCAAAGAAACAGGCGAGCUCCUUUGACUUUCAGGCUCAUCUGCCAAUUCUUUCUCCUCGGCCUAAUUGGGAGCGCAGGGAAAAUACUGUUUUUCGCCGGUGUCAAAAACAGUUCGGCUCUCCUUGCGUCAGCAAUGGGAAAUCUCACCCCAAUUUUCACUUUCUUGCUAGCCUUAAUUUUCAGGAUGGAAAAGCUAGACUUGAGAAAAGCAACGAGUUAUGCCAAAUCCUUGGGCGCCAUUAUAUCAGUGGGAGGGGCAUUGGUAGUGACCCUUUACAACGGCCCUGCCCUAUUGAACUCUUCCUCGUCUUCCGGCUCGAGUCACUCGACUCAUAGAUCUUCCGUCUCACAGUCAUCAACCUGGAUGUUUGGAGGUCUGCUACUCGCAAUCCAAUGCCUCGUAGCUUCGGGAUGGAACAUCGCUCAGGCAGCCACUGUGAAGGAUUACCCGGAAGAAAUGACCAUAGUCUUCUUCUACACCAUGUUUCUUACAAUUCAAUGCACAGUUAUCUCUCUAAUUGUGGAAAGGAAUAAUCUGAAUUCAUGGAAACUGGAGCUACCCAUUGAGAUAAUCGCCAUUGUGUACGCGGCAAUCUGUGUGAGUGUGUUUCGCAUCAGUGUUCAUGUCUGGUGCUUGCACAAGAAGGGGCCUGUUUAUGUAGCCAUGUUUUCACCCUUAGGAAUCGCCAUUGCGGCAGUCCUGGUGGUUGUUUUCCUUGGCGACACCUUUUAUCUCGGCAGCUUGAUUGGAUGCAUUGUGAUCUCGGUGGGAUUUUAUACCGUGAUAUACGCAAAAAUGAAGGAGAAAGCGAUGGCGGAUGAUGAGGGAGUUCAACUAUCAAAACCGGCGGAUGAUGAGGGAGUUCAACUUUCAAAACCGGCGGAUGAUGUGGGUGUCCAACUAUCAAAACCGUCUUCCCAAAUCCAAAUGACUCCUCAGUUGCCAAGCAGUAUCAGCAAUGAAGUAUGAAGAGGCUAAUGGCCGGAAAUUGGAGUGGCCAAAGUGAAAGUUACAAGAAUGUGUAAUAGGUAAUGCCAAGAUUGUGUUGGCAUGAAUGUGAGGCAUGUCAAGUUCGGACUUGUAUUCUAACAUUUAUCAAAAUUAAUUUACAUGUUGUCACUUAAUACUA